GCCUUCCCGCGCAUUUCAUGCUGGAUUAGCUAUAUUUGUCUUCAUGAUACAACCACCAAACACUUUGGCUAUUUGGUUUUUCACUCGUCCAAAAACCACUGUAGAAAUCAGUCGCACCACUCAAGCCAAGCGCACGCCAGUUUAAAUUCCAUUUUUUGUGAAAGAAAAUUGUGAAAUUUAUCAGUUAACGGACAGCGAAAAUGCCACGACGCAAGGUACUCACAAAUAAUAAUAAUGCCGAAGAGGAAAAGACGAUGCAGCCCACAAAAGCAAAAAGGGCGCGAAUGAUAUUCCAUCUGGAAUUGCCGGAGCGUCGUCAAAUAAUUGGCAACGUUUUAGUCUGCGGCACUGGCGAUACCGGGCAGCUGGGCCUUGGCGAGGACGUCUUGGAGCGCAAGCGUCCAGCUUUAAUUGAGAGCAUACCAAAUCCAGUGGAUGUCUGUGCUGGCGGCAUGCACUGUUUGGUGCUGACAAAGAAUGGCGAUGUCUACUCGUUUGGUUGCAAUGACGAGGGUGCGCUUGGCCGUGACACCAGCGAAGAAGGCAGCGAAUCGACGCCGGCUCUUAUCGAUUUGCCUGGCAAAGCGCUUUGCAUUUCGGCGGGCGACUCGCACUCGGCUUGCCUACUGGAGGAUGGUCGUGUUUUCGCUUGGGGCUCGUUCCGGGACUCGCAUGGCAACAUGGGACUUACUAUUGAUGGUAACAAGCGCACGCCCAUCAAUCUGCUUGAGGGCAUGGUUUGCUGCAGCAUCGCAUCUGGCGCCGACCACUUGGUUAUUCUUACCACGGCGGGCAAAGUCUUCACCGUGGGUUGUGCCGAGCAAGGGCAGCUGGGUCGCAUCGCUGAGCGUUCGGUUGGUGGCGAGGGACGCCGGGGUAAGCGCGACUUAUUGCGCCCAGACCAGCUAAUCAUAAAGCGCGCCAAGCCAUUUGAAGCAAUUUGGGCUACCAACUACUGCACAUUCCUGCGGGAGUCGCAGACUGAGGUCAUUUGGGCCGUGGGCCUAAACAAUUAUAAGCAGCUGGCGCACGCAAAGGAAGCCGAACGCGUUCUUAUACCCAUCAAAACCGAGUUGAAGGAUGUCAAGCAGAUCGCUGGUGGUCAGCAUCAUACACUGGUGCUGGACAAUGCAAUGCGCUGCUUUGCCAUUGGGCGUCCCGACUAUGGACGCUUGGGGGUGGGCGAUGUCAAGGAAGUGGUGUCCGAGCUAACGCCAAUCAAAGAGCUCAGCGGCAAGACCACAUUUGUGGGUUGCGGUGAGGCUUGCUCCUAUGCCAUUACCACCGAUGGUAAACUGUAUUCCUGGGGCAUGGGAUCCAAUCAUCAGCUAGGUGUGGGUGAUGGCGACGAUGAGCUGGAACCGGUUGUGGUGAGCAGCAAGAAUACACAAAACAAACGCAUGCUGAUGGCAUCCGGCGGUGGUCAGCACAGUGUGUUUCUGGUCGAGUCCGACGUGAAAGAGAAGCAAAAGGAGAAUGUGCCAGCCAGCAAGAAGCCAAAGGCAGCUGCUGUUGAAGCAGCCAAGGAGCAAACAGGGACAGAUUUAAAGGAUGACGACACAGCUGCCGCAGCUAUCGAUACAAGCCCCUCAACCGGCGAUGCCGGUAAGACGGUCAAAAAGACAGCAGCUAAACGUGGACGCAAGAAGGAUUAAUAGAAACGUCAAUGAACGUUUCAUUUGUUUAUUUUAGCCGCAUUCAUAUGCGCAGCUACACUUACUACUUUAAGCCAAUUGAAUAAAAUGUUUAUUUAACUGAUUUUGUUUUAAA